UAUUUGUGACUCAGAACUUACUCAGCAUGUGAGAAUUCACACUGGUAAGAAACCCUAUGAGUGUAAGGCAUGUGGGAAGUCCUUUAUUCGUGGCUCACAUCUUACUCAGCAUCAGAGAAUUCAUACUGGCAAAAAGCUGUAGGUAUGUAAAGAAUGUAGAAUGGCCUUUAUGCAGAGUUCACAUCUUUCUCAAUAUCAGAGACUUCAUACUGAUGAGAAACCCUACAUAUGUAAUGAAUGUGGAAAGUCCUUUAUUCGUGGCUUUCAACUUAUGGGACAUCAGAGAAUUCAUACCAGUGAGAAACCCUAUGUAUGUAAUGACUGUGGGAAAGCCUUUCGUUAUGAUUCACAGCUUUCUCCACAUUAUAGAUUUCAUACUGGUUACAAGCCUUAUAAAUGUAAAGAUUGUGAGAUUUUCUUUAUCCUUGGCUCACAACUUACUGAACAUCAAAGGAUCCAUACAGGUAAGAAACCACAUGAAUGUAAGCAGUGUGGAAAAUUGUUUAAUUAUGGCUCACAGCUUGUUCGACAUCAGAGGACUCAUACUGGUGAGAAACCUUAUGAAUGUGAAGAAUGUGGGAAAUCAUUUAUUUGUGGUUCACACCUUGCUGAACAUCAAAGAACUCACACUGGUGAAAAACCCUAUGAAUAUAAAGAAUGUGGAAAGGCCUUUGCUUAUGGAUCACAACUGUCUCAACAUUAGAAAAUUCAUACAGGUGAGAAUCUCUAGGAAUGUAAGCACUGUGGGAAGAUCUUUAUUUUGUGCCUCACAACUUAAUCUACAUCAGAUUUUUCAUACUGGGAACCAUAUGAAUAUAAGAAAUGUGGUAAGACUUUUUUAUUUGUAGUUCACAGCUAAUUUACUAUCAGAGAGUUCAUACUGGUGAGAAACAUUACAAAUGUAACUAAUAUGGGAAGGCCUUUAAUUGUGGAUCACAACUUAACAUCAGAGAAUUAAUUCUGGUGAGAAGCCUUAUAAAUGUAAUGCAUAUGGUAAGGACUUUAGAUGUCAUUCACACCUUACUCAACAUCAGAAACCUCAUAAUGGAGAAAGACUGUGUGAAAAAUUAAUUUAGUAAAUCCUUUCCAUGUUUAUCGAUAACAUUCAACUUUGGAAUAUCAGAAAAUUCAGAUUAUUAAUAUGAGUAUCCUUUUUUAUUUAAACUCAUGAGUAACUCACCUUCAGAGAAUUCAUAGUUAAAAGAGGCUAGAUUAAUAUAAGUGCAGAAUUACUUUCCAUCGUAUUUCAAUCUUUGCUAGACAGUGAUUCAUAUGAAAGCUCAACCCUAAAAGGUAGGGUUCUCUUGUUCAGCAUCAUUGUUUUGUUCAGUAUCAUUUGAGCUCCACCAUUUACUGUCUGGGUGUUUCUUUGGGAAAGUUACUUAACCCCAGUUUGUUUUAGUUUCCUCCUUAAUAAUACAUUGAUAUCACAUAUGUCAUCAUAGUUUUCUGCAGUUUAAAGGAGUAAAUACAUAUAAAGCCUAUAGAAAUGUGUCCUACAUAGUUAAUGCUUAGUAAAUGUAAAGAUUACUUUUAGUUUGUGUUUUAAUCAUACUACAGAAUUCAAAAGAGAAGGAGACUUUACAAAUACAGUGAGAGUGAAGUGUUAGUUAUUCAGUCGUGUCUGACUCUUUGCAACCCCAUGGACGAUAGCUUUCCAGGCUCCUCUGUCCAUGGAAUU